AUGUCAGACACCAAGCAGUAUAUCCUCUCUUGCCACUGUCAAUCCCACAUCUACCUCCUCAACCUCCCGCAUGGCGUCCUCGAGGAAAAAGGCGUAGUAUGCGACUGCUCCUUCUGCCUGAAACGGCGGGUGGUCUGGGCGUUCGUGCCUGGGGUAUCGAUGGUAUUGCAUAAGGGCGGAGAAGGCUUGAAGGACUACAAGUUCGGCAGCAAGACUGCGAACCAUAAGUCGGAAGAGCUUAUAUGGCAGCUCCGAGCCAUCCGGAACCCCGACUUUGACCUCUGGAAGCUUCCCCUUGAGAUAUGGAAUGAUGCCAUUGCUCGCGAGCCCGUAUACAAGGAGGUCACCUUGUCCGAUAUCCCCGGCGCCGAAGAUGCACUCGCGACCAAAGCGGCCGAGAUGGAUUGCGAGACGGAGACUUAUAACGGCGCCUUAUGGGUCUACCCUAUGCCCCCUCAAAUCAUCUUCCACCCGCCCUCCCCUGCAUCCCCCCAUAAACCCCUCGAAUCCAGCAUCAUCCGCUACACAUUCAGUGACGCCACCUACCCCAACGUCCACUUCAUGUGUAAAGUAUGCGGGUGCCACGUCUACGAGCAUCGGGAGGGGAAGGAGGGGGCCGAUGUCGGGCUGAAUGUCGCGCUGUUCAGCAGGGCGGGAGAGUGGUUCCGAGACGUCAUGGGGUUGAAGGGGGAGGGAAUGGAGCAGCUGGAGAAUGGAGCGAGGAAGGGCGGGAAUUUGCUGGGCCUGGGGAGGAACGUGAAGGACCGGGAGAGCGAGCCGAGGUAUGAGGUCAAGCUAUAG